AUGAGAACCCGGCGAUUGAUAAAAAUUCCCCUCGGUGGAUACAUUUUAUGCGCACUACUCGUCUUGAACUUUUACCAAUUCAAUGAGAACCAAAAAUUAACAGAAGAAAGAUCCGAAAAGCAAGAGAAAAAUGAAAAGAAGAUUUUGUUCUACACCGCCGUCAGGGAUUUCGGCCUGCCAAGAGCGAGGCAUUACAAAAUGUUCAGGCGGCAGUUCCGAAAUCUUUAUGAAACCAAAGCAAAUUCUUCAAACUUCUACUCUGAGAUUUUCCUCGAUAACUCUGGCUACAGCAGUACAUUUAUGAAUUACGAGGACGAGUUUCCUGACACACUAUACACGAGCAACAUUCCAGAAUCCUUCGCCAUCGACGUCAUGAAAAACGCCAACAAAAACUCACUCUUCGUGUUCAUGUCCAACCACCAAUUCGAUAUCACCGAACCUCUCAUCGAAAAACUCAAAGAGCUCAAAUUAGAAAACGACGAAAUCGCCUGCUUGAAUCGAAAGAACGAAGCAAUGCUGCCAGAAUCUCUCAACAACACAAUCAUAAGCCAGUGUCAUUGGGACAUCUUCGCUAUCAACUCCAAAACUGCCGAGAAAAUACGAGACGCGUUGAUCGUUCAAAAAGAAGUGAAGAGAAAACAAGAGCCGGAGAGAACGAUUUACGAGUAUACUCAAAAACUGCUCAAAGCGGAUUAUCAAGGUCUCAUGGUUCAAAAUAAAACUGGUCGAUCAAAUGGAUCUGCUUAUUGGACUAGUCAUCUGAACUCGUUUACGACCCUUUUGAGUUGUUCGAUUUCGACGAAAUUCAAUUAUACGGAUCACUCUUAUCUAUGGGAAGAUUUCCUCACAUACCCAAACGACAGCGCCCUAAAAGCCCCAUUUGACUACGAUUUGGACGCUCAAAUCAACGAAUUGCCGCCGCAAUACCAACUCAACGACCCCCAAGAUCUCAUUCGCUACCUCCGACGGCCAAGAACCGCAUGUUCCAAAGGAACAGUAGUGUCUUUUAUAAAGUGCGCCCGCGGGGAUUUCUUCGAACGAGAAUGGAUCCGCGACUAUUAUCAGAAAAUGGCGAAGAAAGGAAACUUUGACUACAACAUUUUCUUUCUUCUCGGAACAGGAGAAACGCUCAACGAUGAAAUAGACAUGGAAGCGACGAAAUAUGACGAUCUGGUCAUCGGUGACUUCGUUGAUACAUAUGAAAAUCUUCCUCUGAAGACAUUUCUUGGAUUCCAGUUCUUUGCUGGUUUUUGCUACGGAAACAAGAAAAUCAUCAAUUUUCACGACUCCGACGCAUUCGUCCUCCUCCCCGACAUCGUCAAAGACUACAAGACAAAUACAGAAAUGAACAAUCGAGAAAAGAAGCCUUGGGAACCAGAUCCGUUUCUCUCCGAUGAAUCAAUUUACUGCAUAAAAGGGCAGAAGAUCAAUAUUAGAUUCAAGGAUGGCGAAGCUUUUCCGGGCAAUAUGGUCGCGACUUACACUAGCAAAUGGUACAACUGGAUUGCUGAUUGGCCUCCAAAAUAUUCUAUUCCAGAGUACUGUAAUGGAAACUGCAAUUCGAUGGGUCCAGAAGCGGCAAUGAAAAUCUGGAAAGAAGCCCAGCGCACCAACCGUUACUCAAUGCGAAUCGAGGACAAGUUCUACCUCGGCAUUUUACGAGUCAAAGCCGGAAUCCCCAAUGAAAAUAUCGUCGCCGUAACAAACAUGCUCAAGAUCGAUCCAAGCAUGUUCAACCUCAACGGUCUCCAUCGAUGCAUGCACGUGAGCGAAGCGGAAAUGUACGAAAAUCCCGAUGCGAAUCUUCUCGAGUUGAAGAAAAUGAACAAAACUUCGUUGAUGAACAUGCUUACUGAUUGGUACAUAAAUGGAGAUUGGACUCAGACGCGAAAAGGAUUCUUAUAUGGCGGGAAGGAUCAUCUCCUGGCAAGACAAUAG